AUGGCCAAAUACUUUGGCAUUGAUAAAUUUUUUGUUUUUUUAAAAACAAUCAAAGAAGCUGGAGGAAUAAGAGCUUCGUUAUAUAAACUUUAUAGGAUGGAUAAUUUGAGACCGGGAACACUUGUCGGUACAGACAAAUACGGAAAUAAAUAUUAUGAAAACCCUCAUUACUUUUAUGGUAGAAAUCGAUGGAUUGAAUAUGCACCUUACUAUGGUGUGGAAUAUGAUGGAAGCCAGGUUCCUGCUGAAUGGUUUGGCUGGUUACAUUACAAAACUGAUCUUACCCCAGAUAAGGAUCCAUCUAGACCAAAGUAUAAAUGGAUGGCAGAUCACACAGAAAAUUUAAGUGGAACACCAGGACAGUAUAUGCCAUAUUCCACUACUAGGCCCAAAAUUGAAGCAUGGGUUCCCCAAGGAAAAUAG